UACACAAGGGAGGUGCGGGAGCUCAAUCCUCCGGAGGUGUCUGACUCAGUGCUCCAGUUUGCUUCAUGGGGUGUUCGGGGUCAACAGCUGGUGUACAUAUUUGAAAACAACAUAUACUACCAAAUGGAUGUUCAGAGCAGCUCGUGGAGGCUCACAUCAUCUGGGGAGGAGGGGGUUGUCUUCAAUGGCAUCUCAGACUGGCUCUAUGAGGAGAUGGUGCUGCACACUCAGGUGGCCCACUGGUGGUCACCAGACGGCUCCAGACUGGCUUACCUCACCAUCAACGACUCCCUGGUCCCUACAAUGUUCCUCCCCCGUUUCACAGGCUCCCUUUACCCUAGAGGGAAAGAGUAUCCUUAUCCAAAGAUGUGCCAAAUCAAUCCGUCUGUCAGACUCUAUGUCAUCACUCUGGAUGGCAGCGCUCUCACAACUGAACUGAAACCUCCUGACAGUUUUGAGAAAAGUGAGUUCUACAUUACCAUGGUGAAGUGGGUGACAAAAGAGAGACUGAGUGUGCGCUGGGUCAAUCGAGCUCAAAACAUGUCUAUUCUUUCACUGUGUGAUGUAACACAAGACAUCUGUACAAAGAAACACGUGAUGACAUCGGACAAGUGGCUGGAUCGUCAGAAGGAGGAGCCAGUGUUUUCCAAGGAUUGCACAACAUUAUUCAUCACCAUGCCCUUAAAGCACGGUGGCAGCGGGACAUUCAACCAUAUCACUAUGAUCUCCAACCAAUCUGACGGUCAAGAGGUAAACAUGCGACACCUGACCUCGGGAAGCUGGGAAGUCUCUCAAAUUCUGGCCUAUGACGAGGGCACAAACUCUGUUUAUUACCUGAGUACAGAGACAGGAGCUACUCAACGUCACUUGUACAGGGUCUCCAGUGUGGAUCCACUUCAUAAAGAAUGCCUAACCUGCUCCCUUUUCAAAUCAGCAUGCUCCUACUAUGAUGCUGUGCUCAGUCCCAACUAUCAGCAUGUUCUUCUCAACUGCAGAGGACCUGGAAUACCCCAAACAACUCUCCACAAACUACAUGAUAUGAAUAAGCACAAGAUCCUGGAAAAUAACAGAGAAUUAAGAAAUGUACUGAUAAACAGGACAAUACCCAAGUGGGAAAGAAGAACUGUACAAAUCAACAACUUUGCACUUCGCCUGGAGUUAAUCGUCCCGAUAGAUUUGGAUGAAGCGAAGGAGUACCCACUUUUACUUGUCCUUGACAGCACUCCUGGUGGUCAGGCUGUGAGUGACCGUUUUUCCCUGAGCUGGGACUCUGUUUUGGUCAGUUCCAAUGAUGUCAUUGUGGCCCAUCUGGAUGGGCGGGGCAGCAGCUUCCAGGGUCAGAGGAUCCUACAUGAGGUUUACCAGAGAAUGGGAACUGUUGAUGUUCACGAUCAGCUUACAGCACUCGAGCAUCUGGUAAAGUUGCCCUAUAUUGAUGCCAACAGAGUUGGAGUUUAUGGAAAGGCAUAUGGAGGCUUCUUGUCCACACUUCUGGUCCUUUCACACAGCUCUGUGUUCAGGUGUGGCAUUGCUGUCGCUCCUAUAACAAACUGGAGAUUGUAUGGGUCUGCCUUCACUGAGAAAUACUUUGGCUUUCCAGGAAGAGAGGACCACAAAUACCAGAUUUCCAGUCUGCUCAGCAACAUCACAGGACCUGCAAAUCCAUUGAACUUUCUUAUUAUCCACGGCACAGCAGAUGCCAAUGUUCAUUUCCAGCAUUCCGCUGAGUUGGUCAAACUGCUGUCUGCAUCAAAUGUUAACUACACUCUCCAGAUAUUCCCAGAUGAAGGACACAUUAUUUCAGUAAAGAGUCAACACUACUUUCUGAGCUCAGUGCUGAACUUUUUCAACCGCUGCUUUGAGGAGGGGUACAUUGUCACCAAAGAAGAUGAUUAGUUCUAAGUAAGCUCCUGUGGUGAGGUGUUUUUAUGGAGAGUGCACUGGCGCAACUGCUGUCGUGAGCCAACGAUGAGAGGUUGUGUUUCCCUGAACAUCUGCUGCCUGAUAAAAAUGAUUAAUAAAACCCUACAGACCUAUAAUAUGUAAGUUAGUUCCCUUUAUAUUUGUUGGAAUGCAAAGAAAGUUAGAGCAGUGAAUCUGAGGUUGUGGGGGAAAAACAAAAGAUAGGUUAAUAUUAUACUACCAUUAAGAGUUUCUGUUUUGAAUGUUUGUACCAUGUAAUGCAUACAAAUGUCAGGGAAUCAAAGAAACUUGUAUUUUUUUGUAUCUUUCCUGUAAUCUACUGUGAAUUCAUUUGAAUACAUUCUGUGAACAGAGAAAAAUCACCUAUAAAUCCACCAAAUCAUAUCACUAUCAGACCGAAUCACCAAACAGUUCCUGCAGGUGCCUUUACCUCGUAUAGUCUUUUCUGAGCUUCGGGCAAACACAGCAAUACAAAAAUAUCGUAUGACAAUAUGUAACAGAGAGUGGAAGGGGUUUAAAGACGUUGAGAGCAUUUGCUUCUUUAAAAGUAGCCAUGCUGUUUAAAUCAGGUAAAGAAAACCUUUAAUAUGAAAGUUUCAAAGAAGAAGUUACUGUGAGUUUUAGUCUUUUGUAUUUCUUCUUUCUUUAUCUUUGUUAUAAGGAACCUGUGUGUGUAUGUUUAAGAUGAAUCUGCUAUUUGGGCGCACAUUGCCAUGUGACAUAUUGUUAAACUUUAAAGAAAUCUUCCCAGAACAACACAAUUAAUACUUUUAAUAUCUUCAUCUAUGUUUUUAGAAAUAGAUUAAUAAAUUUCAGAUGUUUGUGACCAGCUUGAACCUUUACUGUUCCACGCAGUGUUUAAUAUCCCCAAAAUGUGAAAAGAAAUUCAACUGGAGAAUGGAGAAACUUCAUGUGUAAGAUAAGCAGUCUAUGCUGUACAGUGUGCUUUAGCCACAGCAGAACUCCUGUAAUAAAUACUGUGUCCUUCCUUCAGUAGCAAACUGAUUGUUUGUUGACCAUAACCCUGUGCUGCUCACACUUCUACACUUGCCUGACAAACUGCAUCUCAUGUACCAUAUAUAUAUAUUGCCCUCUGUAGUUGACAUUUGUAUACUUGGAAACAUUUGUACGCUCAAAUAA